AGAGAUCAAUGUUUUCACUUGGACAACUUGCGAACAACGCAUGCUUGCAAACCAGGUGCUAAAAGGAGCACGUUUUAAUUAUAGGAAGACGCUUGUUGAAGACAGCAAAGAUGAUUGCCACUACUCAACAGAACAUGACCACGGACCUGGUAAAUGGCUUGCUGAAUAGUUUAAUUAUUUUAACGUUGCUUCCACGAUUUGUUUUUGUUGUAAAAUAUAAUUGAGCUGUAUCUGCGUAAAUAUUAUUGAUGCAGCUCUCUGAUAAGCAUGCAUAAACAUUGAAGUCGCAGAGGUUUGUGUUUGUGUGUUUGUGCGGGUGUGCGUGAAUAUGCGCAUAUGCGCUUGUAGGCUACUGUUGUAAAUGCGCCUGAAUGUAUUUCUCUGUUGUGACCAGUCAGCAUUUUUUUCAUUUAAAUCAACAUGAUUUGAUUAUCGAUAAGUAUCUAUCUUUACGUUGUACUCUUUCAUUCUUACUUUAUAUAUCUAAUUAACACAGCCAUUUCUUGAACAAGCUUCUGUGUUCUGACUGCACUGACUGCGGUGGUCGUGCAUUGUAGCCCCAGUAACAUAUCAGCAUUCGUCUCUUCAACCACAAACUGAUUUAAUGUGGUGACUUUUUGUUCAACUGACUCAGUCAAAUUUUGUAGAUUUGAAUACACCUCAUGCAUUCCCGUUGCUGUUAUCACAAUUGAAAAAUGUCUCUUUGUUUUAUGAAUAGAUCUGACAUGCCUGUUCAGUUGUAGCAUAAUCUGUAGUGAAAUCAUGGCCAGAUUACCAAUGCCAAAGGGGCUGAUCUUACUGUAUUAUAUAUUUAUACAGCAUGCUGAUAGAGAGGGAUCUGCAGUCACAGAGUGUGAAUAAGCAGGUGAUGGAUGGACAAUCCAUUUUAUUCUGUUGCCUAAUUGUAUAAAGUGUAUAAGCAAUCUACCCACUCAAUUAAGUUGAUGUCAAAUCUGAAUAUCAAAAUAGCCAAUUAUUUAACACCAGACUUAAUUUUUUCCAGCAUUUUACACUUCACACUUUUUUGCCACAGAUUUGAAUGUCAUAUUUCUUUGCCCCCUUGUAAUGAAUUAUGUCCACUGCAUACUCAUUCAGCAGUUCUGUGAGCCUAUCCAAACAGAGAAGUAAGAAGUUGCAACAGUGUUUGCAUGUUAUGUACAGUAGCUCUACUUACAGGCUGUCAAUAGGUUGCAGAAUUGCUGACACCAAGAAAUGUCAAAGUGACUAAAUGUGACUGUAGUUGGUUGCAUCUUUGUGGACAGUUGCUGAUCGCUGCAAACAUUGUUUUUAAAAUGAAUUCUCUGAGAGUUACAUUUCCCCUGGAGAUUAGUUAGUUUGUUGCUAUAUGCUUUCCAUAUCCUGUACAGCAAUACUUUACAGCCUUUCCAAAUGGUCUAAUUAAGAAUACACAUCACCCAUCACCUUCUCAGUGACAGCAACAAUUCAACCAUGGCAGCAUUUCAGUUCAGAGCUGCACUAAUGCAUGGCUGACAAAACAUGUGUCAGUGCUGUAUUAGGUUGCAUUGGUAUUUUUUAUAGUGUGCGAAAUUGUAAAUAACUGAAAAUAGAUUAUAUGUCUUUAAUGUCUGAAGUGGCCAGUUGGGAAUGUUUUACAUAUCCCCUCAAUUUAGAAUGAAUCUCUUCAAUUUUGUAGGUUAAACAAGGAAGCCACAAACACUAGUCAGCGUAUCCGUAUCCCUUAUCGUUUCCCAGGCAAAUGUCUCUCUGUGUUAUGGCCCAGUCCCAAUCAAUGCCUUUUAUUUUACACAGCCAAGCAAUUCAUGUAGCUACUGCACCUCAGUGCUUGGUUCUGUCUCCACAGAUUUCAAGCUUCUGUAGACUGAUAGGGAGCUCUUAUAUGUGAUGGGGUUGGUGAACCAGAAGAGUCUGUGCUUUAAAAGGCUGUAUUUAUCAGUCGUGUGUGCCUGUAUCUGAAAGGACGUGUACAUCUCUCUCAUAUCUCAUGUACCUCUCCUCUCCCCCAUGCUUUACAGUGGCAUCACACCCCAUUCUCCCCAAGGCAUACACGACUAUGAGGGGAGUGGGAAAGGUUGAGGAGGACUGGAUGUGUGGCGGGGGCAGCAGUCAUACAAUACCCACCCAGAGCCCUUUUGUAAAGUCAUUUGCUAAUGCUUGGUGGGAUGCAUGAAAGGGAAAGGAAAAUGCCUUGCAGCAGAGAAGGCUAAAGCUGUGGGUCUGUUCCAUGUGACUGAGGCAAGUGCUACAUUAUGUGGCCCGCCAGAAAGCAUAUGAUAGCAAAAUGUGUAGAAUUGCAGGAAAUUAGCUAUAAAACAGCGAAUCUUUCUCUAUGACCCACCAACAUGUGUUGGGAAUAAUCUGUCCCCCCCUCUACUCACUGUACUGUAUUGUACUGUAUUCUACUGUGCUCUACUCACUGUACUGUACUGAACUGUACUGUGCUAUCCAAACUAUGAUAGGUUCAGAUUUGGUCAAGUCCAGUCCGUUUGUGGACGUUAACAUGAAGGCCAGGGUGCAAUGACCAAAUUUCAACUCUCCCAGUAAGAGCUGGGAGAGUUGACAUUAACUGGAGAGUGAGAGGCAGAGAGAGAGUGAGAUGGGGAGAGAGAGGGUGGGGUUUUCCAGAUAUCAGAAAGACAAAGAAAACAGUUCUGAGCUGAACAUAACAGUGUGCCAGUGGAAGGGAGGACAGUAGCAGGUGACCCAACUGUGGUUUGUGACUAUUAUGAUUUCCCAUUGUAGCCAAUUCAGUUGCAAUAAUUUAGUUACUGAUAUUUUGGUAAUUCUGUUACCAAUUUCAUUUAAUAAUUCAUAAAGAAAUUAAUAUCAGUGAAAAAACUAUAACUAAUUGGUAGGUCUACAAUUAGUUGUUACUUCUGUGAACUUUCAUUAUCCUCCCUGUCACGACUUCCGCCGAAGCUGCCUCAUCUCCUUGUUCGGGCAGGCUUCGGCGUUUGUCGUCACCGGCCUUCUAGCCACUGCCACUCCUCUUUUCAUCAUUCCAUUUGUUUUGUCUUGUUUUCACACACACCUGGUACAUAUCCCCACAUCAGUGUCUGUAUAAGUAUUCCCUCUGCUCCCCAUGUCUUUGUGUGUUAUUGUUUCCAGGUGGAGGUUUCGCUAGCUCAGUGGAGCAUAUUGUACUUCAUCGCUGGGAUAUUCACCCGUGUGUUUUGUUUUUUCCUAGUGCGCCAUUAAGUCGCACUGUAGUUGUUUUACGCAUUGCUGCGAACCGCUGUAUUGGCCGAAUAAACCAUUAUUCUGUGAUUUACACCUCCUGUGCCUGACUCCGUCCAAAUCACCCACUACACACUCUCUUCAUGAGAAAGUGAAAUGUGAAAAUAUCUUAAAGAUAUGAGGGGUUUUGGUAACGGAAUUACAAGGCACAAGGCACUAUUUGUUAAACUUACAGAAGGUAAACAAUUUCUCCAAAACGAAAUAUAAGCAUCUUUACGUCAAUAUUAUUGUGUUUUGAUGUAUUUCUUAUACCUUUUAAGACUUUUCCUGGUAGAUGUUUUCUAAGGCCCCUUUUCCAUCUGUUUAUCCAGAAACCAAAGCCUUUACUUAUGCCUAUUUUUGGAGGGAUGGAAAAUGGUUGAAAAAUGAAUCUAUGCCUUAAUUUCCCCAAAAUAUACAUUCUUAGCUUCCAUUUUACACCCAAUUUGAUAUGCUAGUAUGAACUUCACAUGUUGGUGCUCAUGGGCCCUUUUCAAUGGAAAUGCCCAUAUGUAGAUGAGAGUCAGCACGUGUCAACAGUAGCUUCACUAGCGGUGUGAUUCUGCUUCAGAUGAUUUAUUGUGGUAUUUCCACCGCCUGUUCCAAAGACAGACAGACAAGGAGUUAAGGAGAUCCCCAGAGUCUAAUUUAUGAAUUGUUAACAGCCCUAUGGAAUCUCUCACCAGCUAGCUCUGGUGCAUUGGGAGCAAAUUGAGUAAUUCAUUGUAUUUUGUGUGGUUUCCCUUAUUGUGUCUGUAGCCAAUCAAUACAAUUAAUUUGAUUACAGUGUACAUACAGCAUGUGUUUAAUUUAAAGAAGAGGCUGUUAUCUGUACUCGUUAGUUGAGUUUCUCAGUGAAGAAGGGGUCAGGGUAUAGGUCCAGGGAUUCCACAAGGUGUCAUAUUUUGCGGGGAGGGACGCUCUCCAGUGGCCCGUCCAUCUAAAAGUCCCCUUUACGGGCUGCUCUCUUUCUAUGAAUUGCUUCCCACUGGACCUUAUUCAGCUGCACACUGUAUCAAUCAUCUCAUUUUGUUGAGGCGUUUUGUAUCUUUGCCAUGUUGGGAGUGGAGCUCUGUUACCUCUUACUGAUGCAAUGAACUCAGUGAGCACUGCAAAUGUUUGUGGAGGUCUCUCACAAGGUGCUCUCCCCAAGAGAUCCAUGGUUGGUUGCCCAUACAAAUCUCAAUUUUGCAUAGCUAUAGACUGCCUGCGUGUUGGUUUGACUGACAGCUUCAUCAAAGCUUUAUCAUAGGCUCCUCUCAACUCUCUUUUGGAUGGAUGGCUCACUGAGGAGUGUAUUACACAUUAUUGAUUUUAUUUUCAUUUUAUGAUGAUCUUUUCUGGGUCAGCAGAACGUGUGCGCUAACAUCAAACUCCUAGAAGCAGGUUUCUCACUGACAGGACCUAAUCCCUCAUCUGUCCACCUCUUCUGGCAGCCAGUGCUGUGUUGGGGUCUCAAUUCCUCAGAUGUAGUGUCACCAUCACUGAAACCCACCCAGACUGUGGUGGCUUUGUGUAUCCACACUUGGGAUUCUCUUCCUGUCUCCUGUCUCCUGUAUCUGUGUCUCUUUUGCAACUUUGACAAAACUCCCUCUUCUCCCAGCCAGCAUGCACAGUGUUCACCCUCUCUAUCUUCUUACAACGGUGCAUGCGACCUUAAUUGGAAGUGUAGUCUAAUUUCUGUUCUCUGGGGAGCGGUGGAAUCUGAUUUUAGCAGAGUGUUGUAUGCAGUAAUCAGGGAAGGACUUUGAAAUCAAAACAUUGUCUAUGGUAGAUUCAUCAGAGCAAAGGAAUUAGAUGAACCAUGUGUCUCUGCUAGGUUCUACACGUGUUUGUGUGUGUGUGUGCGUGUGUGUCUGCUUUAGAUUAGAUUCAUUUUUUUGUCACAUGCACAGGGUCGCAGAUGUAAUCGUAGGGUACAGUGAAAUUCUUAUGCUCUGAGCUCCAAAAGUGCAGGUAAAAAGAACUGAAGGGAAUGAGAUAACAAUAGUAAUAAUAAUAUAUACACAUUUACAACUGUAGAAAUGAUAAAUGUCCAUUUGGGGGGUGGGGACAGGGUAAAUGUAGAAUACCCAUGGGGGAGCAGCAAUGGGGGAGGGGUAGGAAGUCCAGGGGGCAAGAGGGGGACAGAGGUAGCAGUUAGCUGCCUAGUGGCUAUUCAACAGCCUGAUGGUCUGGGGGUAGAAGCUAUUGGCCAGUCUGACAGUUUUUGCCAUGAUGCUCCUAUACUGCCCGGAAGAAGCAAGGCAAGCACAGUAGAUGAGGUUGGGAGGAUCUUGCCUGCACAUCAAUUGGUUUGGUAUCUCUCUGGACCGCGGUGGGGGUGAAACAUAACUUUGUGGUUGUCCCUACUGGCCCAGCAGGAUGAUCUAAUAAAGAUAAGACAUUGGCUGUGUGUCCAUGUAUGCUGAUGAUUCAACCCUAUACGUGUCAGCAACCACAGCUAGUGAAAUCACUGCAACCAUAAACAAAGAGUUGCAGUCAGUUUUAGAAUGGGGAGCCAGUAAUAAACAUUAAUAAACUGGUCCUGAACAUCUGUAAAACUAAGAGCAUUUUAUUUAGUACAAAUCAUUUCCUAAGUUCCAGACUUAGGAAAUUAUUUGAAUCUGGCAUUGAAUGGUGUCGCUGUUGAACAAGUUGAGGAAAGUAAAUUACUUGGUCUUACCUUAGAUUGCAAACUGUCAUGGUCAAAACAUAUUGAUUUAAAUGCUUGUAAAGAUGGGGAGAGGUCUGUCCGUGUUAAUGAGAUGCUUGCUUUUUUGACAGCACACUCCACAAAGCAAGUCCUGCAGGCUCUAGCUUUAUCUUAUCUUGAUUAUUGUCCAGUCAUAUGGUCAAGUGCUGCAAAGAAAAACCUAGUUAAGCUGCAGCUGGCCCAGAACAGAGCAGCACAUCUGUCACACCCUGGCUCUGGGGACUCUAUAUGUUGAGCCAGGGUGUGUAGUUUCUAUGUGUUCUUGUUCUAUGUCAGUAUUCUAUGUGUUCUAUUUCUAUGUUGGCCAGUGUGGUUCUCAAUCAGAGGCAACGAGUGUCAGCUGUGGCUGGUUGUCUCUGAUUGGGAACCACAUUUAAACAGGCUGUUUUCCCACAGUAGUGGUGGGAUCUUGUUCCGUUUGGUUUGUUCCGUGUUGGUUGUUUAACCUAGGACGUCACGUUGUUCGUUUAUUGUUUUGUUCUUGUUAUCACUAAAGAUAAUAAAGUAUGUUCGCUCAUCACGCUGCGCCUUGGUCUACUCCGUUCAACGAUCGUGACAGAAGAUCCCACCAUACCAGGACCAAGCAGCGUGUCCAGGAGCAGGCAGCCUGGACAUGGGAGGAAGCGCCGGGUAAGGAGCUGGAGAGGUUGGCGAUGGCCCAGGUGGGCCAGUUGUGGUCCUGGGAGGACAUGCUCGGGGGAAAAGGGCCAUGGGCUAAGGUUAAGGCCCUGGCGAGAGAGGAGCAACGGCGUCAACAGUGUCGUCGUCGGACGGACGAGAGGCAACCCCAAAAAAAUGUUAGGGGGGGGGCACACGGCAUGGGCGACUGGGCAGCAGGAGGCUGCCACAGGGCGAAUCGGGAGAUUAGGAGAGGAGGCCACCGGGUUUGGGGGGCCAGAAGGCAGGUUGGCGGAGCCUGGAUGGAGAGCAGAGCCAACUCCCCGUACUCAGGCAUGGCAGCAUGAGACUGGGCAGGUUCCGGGGUAUGCGGAGCUGCGUACUGUGCCACGAGUGGUCCGGCAUAGUCCGGUACGUCCUGUGCGAGCACCCCGCACGUGUCGUGCGAAGGUGGGCAUGCAGCCAGGACGGAGUGUGCCGGCUCAGCGCUCGUGGCCUCCAGUGCCUCUCCUCGGUCCCGGAUAUCCUGCGCCAGUGUCACAUGCUGUUAUGCCAGUACGGGUACACAGCCCUGUACGUCCUGUGCUGAUGCCUCACACAGAGUGUGUGAAGGUAGGCAUUCAGCCAGGACGGGUUGUGGCAGCUCUUCACUCCAGGCCUCCUAUCCGUCUCCACAGCCCGGCCCGGCCUGUUCCUGCUCCUCGCACCAAGCCUACGGUGCGCGUCGCCAGCCCGGCCCGGCCUGUUCCUGCCACUCGCACCAAGCCUACGGUGCGCGUCGCCAGCCCGGCCCGGCCUGUUCCUGCCACUCGCACCAAGCCUACGGUUCGCGUCGCCAGCCCGGUACGGCCCGUUCCUGCUCCACGCACCAAGCCAGGGGUGCACAUCGUCAGCCCGGUCCGGCCCGUUCCUGCUCCACGCACCAAGCCAGGGAGGCGCAUUGUCAGCCCGGUCCGGCCCGUUGCUGCUCCACGCACCAAGCCAGGGGUGCGCGUCGUCAGUCCGGCACAACCCGUGCCUGGGUCACCGGUGCCUGGUCAGGUACCGGUCAGCUGCUCCACACCGGAGCUUAAGCAAUCCGCUCCUACGAUGUCCAGUCCAGCUCCAGCCAGCGGGGCCAGACCGGACCAGGGGCGCUACGGGGGGAUUAUUGGAGGGUGGUGGGCAAGCACGGAGCCGGAACCACCUCCGAGGAGGAAUGCCCACCCAGCCCUCCCCUGUUUGGUUUAUGUUAAGGCGCUGUCGCAGUCCGCGCCUUUGGGGGGGGUACUGUCACACCCUGGCUCUGGGGACUCUAUAUGUUGAGCCAGGGUGUGUAGUUUCUAUGUGUUCUUGUUCUAUGUCAGUAUUCUAUGUGUUCUAUUUCUAUGUUGGCCAGUGUGGUUCUCAAUCAGAGGCAACGAGUUUCAGCUGUGGCUGGUUGUCUCUGAUUGGGAACCACAUUUAAACAGGCUGUUUUCCCACAGUAGUGGUGGGAUCUUGUUCCGUUUGGUUUGUUCCGUGUUGGUUGUUUAACCUAGGACGUCACGUUGUUCGUUUAUUGUUUUGUUCUUGUUAUCACUAAAGAUAAUAAAGUAUGUUCGCUCAUCACGCUGCGCCUUGGUCUACUCCGUUCAACGAUCGUGACAACAUCUUGCUCUUCAUUGUAAUCAGAGGGCUAAUAUUAAUACUAUGCAUGCCAGUCUCUCUUGGCUAAGACUUGAGGAAAGACUGAUUACAUCACUUCUUGUUUUUAUAAGAAACAUUAAUGUGUUGGAAAUUCCAAAUUGUUUGCAUAGUCAACUUACCCACAGCCCUGACACACACACUUACCCCACCAGACAUGCCACCAGGGGUCUUUUCACAGUCCCCAGGUCCAGAACAAAUUCAAGGUAAUGUACAGAGCCAUGAUUGCAUGGAACUCCCUUCCAUCUCAUAUAGCGCAAGUGAAAAGCAAACCUGGUAUAAAAAAACAAAUAAAGCAACACCUCACGGCACAAAGCCUCUCCCCCAUGUGACCUACUUGUUGUGUGUAUGUACUGACAUGUACUGUAUGUGUAACUGAUAGAUGCACACAGACUACAUGUUAAUGUUUUUUCGUUAUGUGUCAGACCCCAGUAAGACUAGCUGUCGCCAUUGGCAUCGGCUAAUGGGUAUCCUAAUAAAAUUAAAUCUAUGCUGGCAACCAGUCAAGAUAUAGGAGUUGUCUCCUCGUUGCCUCCCCAUGGGGAGACAUUUCACACAAGUUUUGAGUAUGCGGACAGGUUCUGAGUAUGUUUGACCAAGAUUGGGGAUUGAGAAAUUAGUGUGUGUGUGUGAGUGCAACAGUGGCUGUAUAGUGGCGGUUCAGAGACGGGGCUGGAUGGAGGAUCAGCAAUCUGUCAACCAGCGAUCCGCAUGGCUGUUUCCAGGCCCCAUCAAGGCCUGGAGGAAGGUGAUGGUGAUGGGAGACAGCAGCCCGGCCGUGGCUCUGUGGCUCCGAGGACAAGGCCAGGCUACAGAGGCAAGCGGCCAUAAUGAAGGCUGAGCUUUAUGGCUGCUCUGUGAUUGAGCUCUCACACAUCAUUGAGCAUGGGGCUCCAGCGUCCUGUCAAAGACAGCCAGACACUCUGAGGGAUCACAGAGCAGCUCAUCUGCCAUUGUCUUUAAUUGUGACUGAUACUGUGGCUCCCUCUUUCCAUCAGAGCUCUGAGGAGCAUCUGAGGAGAAUAUACAGACAUAAUAUUCAUACGGCAGCUGUUUCUUGUACUGUAAUGCCCCAUCUUAUUUAUGUUUUGCCUUGUGUUCUUAAACUUUGUGUUCAACUCCCGUCAAGUCUGUUUGAUUUAUCAUGUUGCUCCACAGACUUCUAUGCAGAUGUUUCCAACAAAUGCUUUUCUUGCAGAAUGUCUUCUGGUCUUCUAGUUUUCAUGGAAAGUGCACCUCUCCCCCUCCCAACCCCUACCAUAUGCCCCAUUAAAGCUGUAACAGGUGAAAUGAGGCGACAGUAGCGAGAAAUUAUACCAUGACAGAAAAUAGUAGUCUGCAAUUAAUUUCAAGGUUUUCACAGGCAAACUCUUUAGCUCUGCUUUAAGGAGAAUCACUCUAAAUCACACAGAUUGCUGUCAUAGUGAGAGGCUGUGAGUAGCUAUUAUUCCCCCAGAGUCUCAAUGUAGCCUGAAACCACCGAUCCGCCUGUCUGAGAGAGAAACCCCCACUGUGAGGCUGUGGAAAUGAAGCAGCACUAAUGUUCUCUCCCUCAGCUGUGUGUGUGGACACAACGUUCAUCACUGUGUAUGUUCGUGUGUGUGUAUGUGUGUGUGUUUCUCUUGGCAGGACAUGCAUGGUUCGACUGGUCCACCACGGAAUUGGAAGGGCAUUGCGAUCGCCAUGGUGGUGAUUGUGGGUGUUCUUUCACUGGUCAUCCUCUCAGUCAUCAUGCUCACACCUGGUAAGAAGAAACACGGAGAGAGAGAGGGAAGAGAAGGAAUGGGGAGGGAAAGAAAGGUGUAGAGGUAAAAAAGAAAGAGAGAAAAUGAACGCAGGAGGGUUAGAGGAAGGGAAUAAAGGCAAGGGAUGGAGUGAAGGGGGAGAGUGGAAGAAUAGAGGAAGUAAGCGAGAGGGAGGGAGAGAGAGAGAAGGAGAGAGGAUGCAGUGGGAGGAGGAGUGGGAACGGAUACACAAGACUUUCCAUCAGACAAACAUAUCAACAAUAACAUUACCAAUAGGACAAAACAAACCAACACUGACAAAUACAAAGUUCCCCUACAUUGAAAAGAUACUCAGACAAAAGCGGAGACUCCAGUGCUAUGCUAAGAACAGGCUGAGCCCCAGCAACAGCUGUGCCUUGGCUCUGUGUGAAUAGAGCAAGCUUCAUGUUCAUUCCUGGGUGGAAAUGGUGUACACAAACAGAGUGUUUAUACCUAUUUGCUUUCUCCCACUUUCCCAUUCCUUCUCUCUCUCUCUCUCUCUCUCUCUCUCUCUCAAUUCAAUUCAAAGGGCUUUAUUGCCAUGGGAAACAUAUGUUUACAUUGCCAAAGCAAGUGAAAUAGAUAAUAAACAAAAGUGAAAUAAAUCAACAGUAAAUAUUACACUCACACAAGUUAAAGAUUUCACUGUCAUAUUAUGUCUCUCUCUCUCUCUCUCUCUCUCUCUCUCUCUCUCUCUCUCUCUCUCUCUCUCUCUCUCUCUCUCUCUCUCUCUCUGGAAGAUGAGUCUCACUUGUUACUGCAAUCCCAUCUCACCAUGGAGGAUCUAGUGAGCGAGAAGUAUACAAUUCACAACCCCUGUGUGACCUGGUUGAAUGGUAAGAGCUUCUAGCUCUAGCUGAGCUAACCCAGAUUAGCCUGCUGCCUCUGUUUGAUAUCUGAUAGUAUAGCUGGUUCAUGUCAGUAUCAGGAGAUUUAGUGAGGUAUUACUGAGUCCAUGUCAAACGUAAGAACAAAUAACCGACAGUUAUGUACCGGAUAAACCUUGAUACCCCGAAGGAGGGGAACAAGAUACAACAUGUAUGGGGAAGCCUAUGCAAACUUCCAUUCAUGUGGUAAUCGAGUGAACCAACUGAAAGGUUCACAUUUCCCUUGGACCUGUGUUGUCUCUUCCAGAGAAUGAGGUUGCUCUCAGAACCAGAGAGGGUCACGUCCUGUCUUACAACCUCCACUCCAACCUCACAGCUACACUGCUGGACAACAGCUCCCUGGUGAGUAACGGCCCCGUAACGGCCCCGGGGCCCCACAGGAGAGGAGACUCAUUCCAUUAUUGAUUGGCUCAUUUACAGAGACAGCCAAACAAAUGGACCGUUCAAUAGAGACUGAGAGGGCCUCCCAGAUGGAGAGAGAAUAUAGAAUGACUGUUAAAACUUUUGUAGUUUUAGAAAAAAUUGAGAGCAGUAGUAACUUUCACUGGAAUAUAGCUAUGCAGAGGAGGUGACAGUUUAAGCUUUUUGGGGUCUAUUUGGUUCCAUCACUGUUCAACUGAAGCCCUCAACAUAUGGCUUCAAAGAGAUUUUUCUAGCAAUGGCCUAAUUUUGAAGAGUGCCUGGUUUGGCAAAGCGACACUGGAAAACGUAUCUGGGUCAUUGCCUAGGAGCUAAGCGGGGUUCUGUUGUCAAGAUGGGAAGAUGUCUCCUCUGGCUCUCACCAGUUUAUCAUCUCUGUUGCUAUAUCAAUCCCACACUGUAGCUGUUAGCCUACAACAUUAUUUAGCAUUUGGUGGAUGAUAUAGGCAGGGAUACUGUACCUAGGGCCAUGGCUUUCCAAGUGCCAUCCCUGACUUUAUCCAUAUAAGCCCCUAGGCGAUGUUGUUCUUGAAGGUUAAGGCUCUUAUGAGAUCUAAGUAAUUUGCUGACAUGUGUCUCUUGUAAUGUUAGGAGAUAAGCAUGUUGUUGAUAUGUUGUUCAUUCCAUGUUUUCAGGACCUGACUACCACAAAGUUCCAUGUGUCUGCAGACAAGAGGUUUGUCCUGUUGGCAUACAACAUUCAGCCGGUGAGUGAUGCUUGUUCUGACCAAGUAACAUGCUCAUAGCUUGCUCUUUCCAUCUUCUUUACUGUGUCAAUCAUUCUGAUCAAUUAUCAUACUCACAGCCAUAGCAAUCCCCAAUGACACCAAAGAUGACUUGAAUGCAAUGUGGUUUCCUACUCACUCACACACCGUUUUGCACAGCAGCGCCACAAACUUAUUCCAGACCAUCAUAGAAAAUCAGUUGAGUCAAAUCUGUUUCUGUUUGCGACUAACGACAGGUCUAUUUCCACACUGCAUUGUGGCUGUAGUACAACAAUGCCAUGCAUUCUAAUCCAGCCUUUACAGUCAGUGGAAUGAACGAGGGGGAGGAAAGUCCCUUAUGAAACAGUUAGAGAGACACAGAAAGAGAGCGUGAGAGAGAGCGUGAAGGAGAGAGACUGUUAGAGAAAGAGAGAGGAGAGAGAGAUAGGGAAGGAAGAAGAAGAGAGAGAGAGAGAGAGAGAUAGAGAUAGAGACUAUCUCUCUCUAUCUCUGCUCUCUCUCUCUCGCUCUCUCUCUACUCUCUCUCUCUCAUCUCUCUCUCUCUCCUCUCUGCUCUCUCUCUCCUCUCUCUCUCUCCUCUCCCCACGAGAGAGAGAGAGAGAAAACUAGUGAUGCUACUACAGUACUGCAGCAGUCUGCAUGCUAUUCAGACACAGCCAAUAGUCACAUCACUGGCAAAAUGUAUGGGGUAUAUUCAGACUGGGUGAUUAUGGGGGAAGGGGUGUAGAAGGAUGGAGGGAAUUGGAUGGCUGAGAGAGAUGGAUCAGUUUGAUGUAGAUAGCAGUGUGUGGGGAGGGGGAGGCAGAGAUGUGAUGAGGGAGAUGGGGUGGUAAAGUUGGAGCUGCAUGCAGUAAUGAAAUCGCCCUGCUGGUUUGGUGGGGAAUGUUAAUGAGGAGCUUAUACGAGAGUCUAAUGUAUAAUGCACAAUUGCAGGUGGUUCGAGGCAAACCCCAGCAUAACAAACAACUCUAAUAACACAUGUAUUUUCCCAUCUCUCUUUCCCUUGUAAUAGCUUUCCCUGUUUCCCCCGCUGACCCUCUCCUUCUGUAAAUAACCGCUCGCUUAAUAAAUAGCUUCCUGUGUCCCCAAAGGAGAGGGCAAGAGGUGUAAUAUACGGGUAAUGGGGGGGGGGGGGGGGGGUGCCUUCAGCACAAUUUUCACCUUAUUAAAGAGCCCAGAACAGAUAUGUGAAUAGGAUCUGCUCUCUCUCUUCCUCUCUCCCUCUCUCUCUCUCUCUCUCUCUCUCCCUCCCUCUCCCUCCUCCUUUCUCUCUGCUCUAGGAUCUGCUCUCCUAAUUUUUCUCAUUUAGUAGUUGAUGAUCAUAUACCUUUGUAGGGCGGCCCAGCUCCCGAAGUGACUCUUUACACUGUAUGCAAGGAUUUCCUUUGUGUUGUCUUAGGAAUUCAGCCUUCUUUGUGUUGCUCUCCAACCCUCUCUUGUGUCACCUUUAAGAAGCAGAUGUUCUAUUGUCUUUACGUCCUGUAGGUCUGAUAUCUGAUUGGAGGUUCACUUUACAGUAAUACUAUUGGUCAACCACUCAGAUUUUGAAUCCGAACAACUCAGAUGUUAUAAAGCGGUCUCAGAUUCAUUGUUUUUGUCUUCUUUGUUCCUGACCAGCACUGGUGAGAUACUCUCUCCACCCCAUGGACUCUUGAGGCAUGGCCUUUCAGGCUAUGACUUCUCUCUCUCCCUCUUUGAGCAUGCUUAGAAUAAUGCCUUGUAAUGCUUUGUAACUUAAGCAUUAUGCCUUGUAUAAUGUUAUCAUUCAUUUUACAAAGUAUUAAAUAAUACUUUUUGCAUUCGCUUCUCGUUACCAUUUCUUGAUCUUAGUCAGCUAAACGCAUAAUAUUUGAUUGCACAUGGUUUUACUCUAAUAUUAAAUGGAGUCAGAUCAGUCUUUCCCUCUCGUUUGCUCUCUUUCUGCUUUGCCUGUCUCUCACUCCCUCACUCUUUCUAUAUAUCUCUACCUCACUUUUUUUCUCUCUAUCUCUGGGGGUUUUCUGCUGACAAUAGCCUUUUGCCGCAAGCACCGGCUUUCUUAUUGGGGAGAGGAGCGGUGUGCUGCUGAGAAUGGCAGAGUGAGACAGAGAGGCAGAGUGAGACAGAGAGGUAGAGGGAGAGAUGCAAUAGCAAUAGGGGGAGAACAAAUAUCUGAUACACACCAUUUGCCUUUAGAUCACCCUGUCCAAUCGAAAUCAAUCAGAAGGGGUGUAAAAGAAUGAGUGGGAUGCAUGCUUAGAGGAGAGGGCUGCACUGGUGGGAAAUGGAUGAGUGGGCUGUAUGGUAAGUUGAAAGGCUUAUCCCCUGGAUUUCAUAUUAGCUGUGAGGCUUUGGGGAGGUUUGUGCCUAGUGGGCGAAGAUAAAUGGAUUUUGGGGGGGGGAUAGUUAGAUGUAGGGGUGGCGGGGGGAGGGGGGGGGGCGGGGGGAGGGGGGGGGGGCAUAUGGGAGAGAAGGAAUUCACACCUCCUUUGUAGCAGAGGUUUCAAUCUCUCCUCAAAAUCCCCAAUAGUCUGAUAAGUGUGUGUGUUUGCGUGCGUGGGUGCGUGCGUGUGUGUGUGUGUGUGCGUCAGUGCUUGUGAGAGUUGUUCCGUUUGUUUGACACAAAAAGAGGGGAAGGAGAAGAUGGAUGGAGAUAGAGUGGAAAAGAUGAGGAAAUGCAGCCAGAGCCAGACAGGUGGAAACUGCCAAGACUGUGCCAUUUAGAAAGAAACGAAAUACAAAUGGAGAGUUGGGUCUGCUCUGCAGUUACAGACAAUGAGGUGCUUGAAUCAAAGACAGCAUAUUGAGGCACUACCAGAGAGAAAUGCAGGUUUAGCACUAACAAUGGGCUGGGGGAAGAAAUCUAGUAUCCUUAUAUUGUGUGUACUGGGUCGUUCCACGAAAUGAGUCCCUUUUGCUUCCCUUUGAUGUUUAAAGUAGAAAUUGUGCACCAAUAUUGCAUUUUAAAAGCCUGUUAUAUUAAAUGAAUUCCCCUUUUAAUAUAGACCACAUGGAUAAUUCAAUACAUCUUUUUUUUUAAUGAAUGCAGCAUUUUGACAUGACCCUCGGUGAACCCUCUGUGACUUCUAGGAAGAUUUUAACCCACUUAACCCCAAGAUUUCUCCAAGUUUUCACCAUCAUUGUAAAGCCCUAUUAUUCUGUUGUUUUAAGAAAGUCAUUUCUGAAGAUUAUUAUUUAUUUCAUGUGAUAAGUGAUUCACUUACGUCUAUCUGUCACGAUCGUCGUAAGAGACGGACCAAGGCGCAGCGUGAUAUGCGUACAUCUUUUAAUGAGUACUUUAACAAAUAUACAGAACGAUACGUGCAGUCCUAAGGUUAACAAAACACAAACCUCUCCGGAACAAGAUCCCACAAAUGACAAGUGCAAAACAUGCUGCCUAAGUAUGGUUCCCAAUCAGAGACGACAAGCCACAGCUGCCUCUGAUUGGGAACCACCCCGGCCAACAUAGAAACACAUGAACUAGAACAUGAACAUAGAACACUAAACAUAGAAACUAACACCCUGGCUCAACAUAUAAUAGUCCCCAGAGCCAGGGCGUGACAGUACCCCCCCCCCCCCCCCAAAGGCGCGGACUGCGACAACCAAACACCACAGGGGAGGGGCCGGGUGGGCAUUCCGCCUCGGAGGCGGAUCCGGCUCCGGGCGUGACCACCCCUCUCUCUCUCGCCCUCGUGGUCUGGCCCUGCUGACCGGAGCUGGACUGAACACCGGUGUAGCGGAUUGCUCUGGCUCCGGCGUGGAGCAGCUGACCGGUGCCGGACCAGGCACAGGUGGAACAGGCACGGACCGUGCCGGACUGACGACGCGCACCACUGGCUUGGUGCGGGGAGCGGGAACGGGCCGGACCGGGCUGACGACGCGCACCACUGGCUUGGUGCGGGGAGCAGGAACGGGCCGGACCGUGCUGACGACGCGCACCACUGGCUUGGUGCGGGGAGCAGGAACGGGCCGGACCGGGCUGACGACGCGCACCACUGGCUUGGUGCAGGGAGCAGGAACGGGCCGGGCCGGGCUGGCGACGCGCACCACAGGCUUGGUGCGGGGAGCAGGAACAGGCCGGACCGGGCUGACGACGCGCACCACUGGCUUGGUGCGAGGGGCAGGAACAGGCCGGGCCGGGCUGGCGACGCGCACCACUGGCUUGGUGCGAUGGGCAGGAACAGGCCGGGCCGGGCUGGCGACGCGCACCACAGGCUUGGUGCGGGGAGCAGGAACAGGCCGGACCGGGCUGGCGACGCGCACCACAGGCUUGGUGCGAGGGACAGGAACAGGCCGGACCGUACUGGGAACACACACCACUGGCCUUGUGCGGGGAUCAGGAACGGGCCGGACCGGACUGGUAACACACCCCAGUACCUCUCGCCGUGCCUCUACACUCUCCUUCCCCCUCAUGACCAAUAGCCCCUGUAACCUGGUGGCCUCCUCUCGUAGUCCACAAACUCGCCCUGUAGCUGCCUCCAGCAGCCCCGUCGUCCAUGCCGUGUGCCCCCCCCAAAAAAAUGUAUUGGGGUUGCCUCUCGCCUGUCCGACGACGGCACGGUUGGCGCCGUACCUCCUCUCUCGCUAGGGCUUUAACUUUUGCACAUGGCCCUUUGCCCACGAACAUGUCCUCCCAAGACCACCAUUCGCCCACCUGGGACAUCGCCAACUUCUCCAGUUCCUUUCCCGGUGUUUGCUCCUGAACAUGCUGCUUGGUCCUUCUUUGGUGGGAUCUUCUGUCACGAUCGUCGUAAGAGACGGACCAAGGCGCAGCGUGAUAUGCGUACAUCUUUUAAUGAGUACUUUACAAAUAUACAAAACAACAAAACGAUACGUGAAGUCCUAAGGUUAACAAAACACAAACCUCUCCGGAACAAGAUCCCACAAAUGACAAGUGCAAAACAGGCUGCCUAAGUAUGGUUCCCAAUCAGAGACAACAAGCCACAGCUGCCUCUGAUUGGGAACCACCCAGGCCAACAUAGAAACACAUGAACUAGAACAUGAACAUAGAACACUAAACAUAGAAACUAACACCCUGGCUCAACAUAUAAUAGUCCCCAGAGCCAGGGCGUGACACUAUCCCUCAUUUCAAUCCUGUUAUGUGAACUGAAUUCUCGUUUUAAUAUGGUGAAACUAUUCCUUCAACAACAAAAAAAAUCUAAAGAAACAUUGAACAUCUAAUAGUCAAAUCAUAUUGUAAAAGCAGGUGAGCUAGUUCUGCUCUUUUUGGUCAUUUUCAUUUUUGUGGUGGAAAACUGAGUGGGUCGAGCAUAACACGUCAACCCUGUUACCAAUAGAUAGACAGGCUAGAAAUGUUUUAACAAUCAUAUUUUGGGGUGAAGCUUGCAUUCAAUUUUCACACCCUGUUGCACACAACAAGCUUCCAUUCCCCAUCACAAGGGGAUUUAUGGUUGAUCUAAGAUGAAAUUCUCUACCCUGUAAUGGUCAACCCUGUUAUGGUCAACCCUGUUACUUUAUUUGGCACUUAAUAGGCACUUACUAUACUAUAGUAUUUUUUUUGUCCCACGGUAAUGCCAGCACGUUUUGGAAUUCUAACCCCAUUUAAACAUUGUGCGUUUGAGCAACAGACCACUGGGUUGCAUUGGAUUCGUCUAUAUCUGCUGCAUCCGCUGAUACAUUGCGCUACACCCGCAAUAACAUCUGCUAAAUACGUGUAUUUAACAUGUUAUUUUAUUUGAUUAGUUGGUGUGAUUAACGGGUGCUGAGAUAGAGCGCUGUUUAUGAGACAAGGGCAGAUCCCGAAAACGGGUUUUCUCACAAAAAUGUCUGUAAAGUGAGAACAGUUUGAGCUACAAACUAUUAUGACCUAUCUAUGAAAAGCUGCGACUCUCACGAACAUGCACAUAUUUUGCUCUAUGACGAUCCAAAGCAACACAAGAGUCGUUAGAAGGUAAAGUGCUUCUUCUACAUAGAAAAUCAUAGGAAAUCGCUGUACAUAGUGUCUAUAAUACUGUAAUAAGCUCACAUAGUUGCUGUCACAAACUCCAAACUCCACACAGUUGACACUGACUAGUUGGAUAUUAAUUUCCCACUGAGCAAACAUUUUUCUACUUACAGCAUUCAUAUAAAUUCAUUUUCUAUCAGGUUUUUGCUUGUCAGACAUUUAUCAAUAAAACGUUUGCAUGCACUGUUUAUGUCAAAUUGUUUUGUGUUCUACUUGCAGCCCUGGUUGUCCUGAAAACACUUCAGUGUGAGGCUAAAUAUGAGGGCAGAGCAAACUUGUUUUGCUGUGGGAUGCCUGGUUCCCAUGGAGUUAAAAGGGGGGAAAUGUGUUUUUCAUGGCUGCACAUGUGCUCUCCAUGACAAAAUGUUAAAAUUAGGUAAAAUUGAACUUUUUUAAAAUCAAGUUACACUUCUCAAAAGGCACCUAAUUUGUGGAACGACCCUACUGCACCGCAACAACACCUACCAAUAUCUCGCCUCAUACACGGACUGUUGUAAUCUUAUUACUGUCCCAUUGUUGCCAGGUCCCACGUGAGCACACACACACUGGUCUGGUCUGUUUACAGUGUUGCUCCUCCAUUUGGGGUAAAGUCAUGGGGAGGAAGCAGAACAAUCUGGUGGAACACUGGGGAAAGAUUUAUGACUUUAGUACUUAGCGGCCACAUUAGAAUUCAUUCCCUUUCUCUUAGACACGCAUACAAGGGUGAGCACAGAUACAUGCACGCAUGCACGCACGCACACACACACCCACGAACACACACAGAAACUGUAACACACACGCAUGCAUGCUACGCACGCUCUCAGACAUGCACACAUACACAUAGUUAUGCGCACACACACACACACACACACACACACACACACACACACACACACACACACACACACACACACACACACACACACACACACACACAUACUGAGACUCGUUACUCUGCCACCACGCUGCUCACUCUGUGACCUGUUAAAUAGCCGUGAACUCCUCUGGCUCAGACCCUCAUCCUUUACCCUGGUGCCUCAGUUUUCUUCAGAUCUAACUGUUUUCUGUUGUUAUUGUGUUUUGUUUUGGGUGCAGUGCCCUUUUCCUCAGAAGCAAUGUCCCGCUGGUAAGAAAGUGACCUUUCUCUCUCAGGGUGACAUUUUCUGGUGUGAAACAUAGCCCUUCUUUUUAUAGUCCUGCUCCUUUGCCUCUCUGUAUUUCUCAGUUUAGAGGACUAACAACAUGGGAAGAAAUCCAAUUGUACUGUUAAGUAUGCUAUUGAAAACUUGACAUUCAAUUACAUUAGGGACACGCUUUCCAAAGCUUUUCCUUUGGCUUCUUUAAGAAGCUAGUGGGCAAACAAAACACUUCAAGUCUUUGUUUUAGAAAUGGAGUGUCCUCUUCAACAUGCCUAGCUGAUCACUGGUCAGGAUGAGUUGCCACUCUGGAUCUUUUUCAAUCUGAGUGAUAUUGGCUGUAAUUAUGUUACUUAGGGAGUAUGUCUUUCUCUAACCCCUCUCUCUCAAAUCCACACAUGACAUCAUUCCUCUAAUGUCUCCUAUUCUCUGUUAGGAGAGACUGGGUUAUCAUUGUUUGAGCUGUUUGAUUGGAUAAUUGGAAUUUAUGUUUACGACAAUGCAAUGUGAUUGAUUGAAUUGCUGGCUGUUCAUUUGCUUAAUUGGAUUGUCCUAUGGUCUAAUUGUAGUGCGUGUGUCUGUGCGUGCGUACGUGUGUGUGUGUGUGUAUGUUUGAGAUUGAGUGUGUUCUUGAGUAACUCUGGACCACUGUGCCCAUCAUGUCCUCUACCUCCUACAGGUGUUCUCUCAGUCCUUUACAGCAUCCUAUGCCAUCUACAAUGUAGCUAAUGGGUAGGUACUGUAGAUCCAUGAAUGCUAAUGCAUGGGCUGCACUGGGCAUGUACAUUGCCAACGCAAGCGGGCCCUGGCCUCGACUGACCAAGCACCUCCAAGUGUGUCUCUUUUCAUCUGAACGUUAUCUGUUAUGUCAGACAUAUUCAUUACUCUUAACAUUGUCCUCUCUGACUAUAGUUAACUAUCAGAGUAAGUUGGGAAAUUGACAGCCAGAGAUUCCUACUACCUGCUGGCCCACCAGUAAAGAAGAGCUCCCCUGUAUCUUUGGAUGAAAGCCUGGGCUUUGUGAGGAGCAUCAAUGCCUCUCAGAGAAAUUCAGAAGGAUCUGCUCGUCUUACAAAAAAUGAAAUGUCUGGUUUUGUCUUGUAGCAAGAUGCCUGCCUGUGUUUAGGAGGAACAUAGUGUUGUUCCAAUGCAUUAAGAGGUACUGAUCCAUUGCAUGAACCGACCUCAAUCUCUGUAUGGUUUUGCAUUUGCAUCUUGUAUUUUUACGAUAUCUCUCAAGUGCUUAUGAACAGGUAUGGACGGAUCUACUUUCUACUCCGUUAACCACUAGUGGCUUUAGAGAGGCCAUUUGUUCCUAAUGGAGGGAUUCUGUCUGUGUUUGUCUCAGGGAUCUGCUGGAGCUCAACUCUCCAGCGGGGGAGAAGGCAGUGAUACAGUACGCAGCCUGGGGACCACAGGGGAACCAGCUGGUAAAAGGCAGCAGCUCUCACUCAUUCUGCAUUCCACCUCAACAGUGUCUGGUGGGCUAGAAAUGCAUUUAAGACCACAAAUCUAUAAUGCCUCUAUUUAGCUGAGUUAUAAUGAUAAAAAUAAAAAAAAUAAUUUGAGUGUUUGUUGCAGAUUAAUAUUGGAUUAUGUGUUUUGAAUGCAAAGUGUUUUCAGUGCAAUGUUUGUGUUCCAAUGGCACUUCAACACAUUCAGUCAGUGGCAAGUUGAGAUGUAAUGGGCUGUAACUUGGCUGGCUGAUGCAUUCCCACUUGGAGCCAAUAGAACGUUUGAUUCAGCCAGCCAACACUGAGCUCUCUAUCUGCCUUGCUUUGAUAAUGGAUUAGUACCGUCUCUCUGUUGCUGCCAGGCCUAUGUGUUUGAAGGAGAUAUCUACUACCAGCCAGCCAUGACCAGUAAGCCCCUACGCCUUACAUCCACAGGCAGAGAGGGGCUGGUGGUCAAUGGGCUAUCUGACUGGAUGUAUGAGGGUAAGAGAUACUGUAGCUACAUCCACUAACGUCUUAGAGGAAAAUUCCAUACAAAAACUAUAUUUUGGUAUUCGUUUCAUUAGUCCAUUGUUGACAUAGUUUCAAAAAUGUUUUGCUUUCCAGCACUCAAGUUUUCAAGAUAUGUAACUUUCAAAAUACAGAAAUCAUCCCCAUAUGAUACAUUUUGCAUCAUAUGAUGCUGCGUUUUGCAUCAUAUGAUGCAACAUACAGAAAUUAUUUAUGUAUUUUGAAAGUUACAUAUCUUAAAAACUUGAGUGCUGACCAUUAAAACAUUUUGGGACUAUGACAACAAUGGACAAAUACCAAAAUAUAGUUUUGGGGUGAGUUUUCCUUUAACAUAUCUCUAUCACAUAGCCAUUGAUUGCCAAAUGUUCCAAAAUUGCCAACUGUUUGCAAAAUUAGGUCUGUCAUAUUGAAAGCUGUUCCCUGAGAUGUAUGGUAUUGCAGAUAGUAUACAGUGGGGGAAAAAAGUAUUUAGUCAACCACCAAUUGUGCCAGUUCUCCCACUUAAAAAGAUGAGAGAGGCCUGUAAUUUUCAUCAUAGGUACACGUCAACUAUGACAGACAAAAUGAAUUUUUUUUCUCCAGAAAAUCACAUUGUAGGAUUUUUUAUGAAUUUAUUUGCAAAUUAUGGUGGAAAAUAAGUAAGAGUACAGCUCUUUGGUCUUGGCCAUAGUGGAGUUUGGAGUGUGACUGUUUGAGGUUGUGGACAGGUGUCUUUUAUACUGAUAACAAGUUCAAACAGGUGCCAUUAAUACAGGUAACGAGUGGAGGACAGAGGAGCCUCUUAAAGAAGAAGUUACAGGUCUGUGAGAGCAAGAAAUCUUGCUUGUUUGUAGGUGACCAAAUACUUAUUUUCCACCAUAAUUUGCAAAUAAAUUCAUAAAAAAUCCUACAAUGUGAUUUUCUGGAUUUUUUUCCCUCAAUUUGUCUGUCAUAGUUGACGUGUACCUAUGAUGAAAAUUACAGGCCUCUCUCAUCUUUUUAAGUGGGAGAACUUGCACAAUUGGUGGCUGACUAAAUACUUUUUUCCCCACUGUAUGACUUUGAUACAUUGUUUGCACUAUUGGUAAUGUGCAACAAUUGGAACACCAUGAAUAACAAAUGUGUAUUGAAAUUGAUUGUGUUGUUCUCUUGUCAAAUGUUUACAGAGGAAGUGCUCUUGACUUACCCUGCCCACUGGUGGUCCAAAGAUGGCGCUCGCUUGGCAUACUUCACCAUCAACAACUCUGCCACACCCCUAAUGGAGAUACCUUAUUUCCUGGGUGGAGUCUAUCCCUCCAAUGUUUUCUUUCCUUACCCCAAAGUAAACACUGAUUUUAAAAUAUAUAAUUAACCAAUAAUGUAAUGUGUAAAAGCUCCAAGACUGUCAUGUCAUCUAACUAAUGUAAUACUAAUGUAAUAGUCUGAACCUGUGUGUCUGUGUGAAUAGGCUGGCUCUACUAUCCCCACAGUCAGCCUGUUUGUGGUGAAUCUCUAUGGUCCAGCUCACACUCUAGAGAUGAUCCCUCCAGACUCUCUCAGGGCCAGGUACUACCUCCAAAAUAUAACUUCAUACUGUAGCUCAACUAAGGACUAAUGUUGUUAACGUUGAUAUUUUAUUUUACUGUCCAAGAACCUUCUCUUUCUAUCUUUUUUUCUUCAAACGUCUCCCUAGAGACAGCUACAUCUCCAAUGGUGAAGUGGAUCAGCAGCACUCGUCUGGUGGUGCGUUGGUUGAACCGGGCCCAGAACCAAUCAGAGAUCUGUGUGUGUGAGGCCACCACAGGGGCAUGCUCAGAGGUGAGAGGUAAAAGGUUAUUUCAAAGUAAUCCAAUAGGAUCUCCUCGCUCUGCUGCCAUGCAUUACUUUUAUAGCAUUUUCAUCUCCUUUACACUCUGGUGGAUUUGGAUUGAUUUCCUUAAGCCACCAUAUCUGUUCCUUCCAGUUUAAAUAAGGUCAAUUAUACUGCCUGUGAUGAAUUUCCAAUGAUCUGCUGCAGCAUUUCUCUGCCAUCUCUCUCCAACCAGUCCUUAUGGAUUCAUUACAAUAUUAACUUUGGCUGCUUAAUUAUGUUGAUAUAUUUUCUUUAUUUUGUAUCUCUGUUUUAAUUCUACAGAAACACACAAUGGUCAUGGACUUAAUGCAAAACCAACGACAGGUAGGCAUCACUCAUUUCCCCAAAUCUGCUACUCAUUGAAACUGGUAUACCCACCUGUGAUAUUUCCUGGAUUGUAAUUGUUGACCACGCCUGUCUCAUUUGUCCAACAGGAGGUGCCAUUGUUUUCAUCCGAUGGCUCUUGGUUUUAUUUGACACUGCCAGCGAAGCAGGGUGCCCGAGGGGAGUUCCGCCACAUUGCCAGUCUCCCUGCCCAGGUCAGUGUGAGGGCAAUAAUGUUUUAUACCCCUGCGUCAUCCUCCAAUGGUUUAAUGCCAGACUGCUUGUUAAGUCUUCAACAGGGUGACAUGCAACAGUAUAUGAUUAUACAGAUCUUAAUAGCAGAGACCUGAAGUCUUGUCUUGGCAGUGAUUAUUUUAGGUAUCUGUGACUGUGUAUCUGAAUUGUAUGUGUCUGAAUAACUCUACAUUUCUCUGACAAUGUUAUUCUCUGCAUCUCCUCUCCACUGGCAGUCUGUCUGUUUCUGUAUUCAUCCCCCUCUCUUUCUCUCUCAUUCAAUGUGACACAGCCUGCCAUCCCCACUGUCCCUCCUCGUUUUCUGACAUCCGGUAAUUGGGAUGUCACUGUGCUGUGUGCCCUGGACGAGGACAACGGGAAAAUGUAUGUGAGAGCCUCUGUGUUUGAUGCUAUAUAGAAUAAAAUGUAUGCAAGAGCCUCUGUGUGUGAUGCUAGAAUCCCCCCACAGCUCUUUAAGAUUUUAUACAGGCAUAGUUAAAGGCUGGGGCAAAGUAUUCCAGCAGGAGAAAUUAUCAUUAAAAUGAUCAUGGGCUUAUAUUUAUUUGCUUUGCAUGAUGAGAAGUGAGAAGUAGGCAGGGUUGGGGAGUAACUGAUUGCAUGUUGUCAGUUACAGUAAUCCUAUAAAUAAAUAAAUGUAACUGUAAUCAGUUACGUUACCAGCAAAUAUGUUGGUUAGGUAACUAGCUAGUAACUGUAAUGGAUUACAUUUAGAAAGUAACCUACCCAACCCUGCAAGUAGGCUACUGUCGUAGAACGAUGAUUAGGACAGAAAAACACAUACAGGUAUUAUUGCCCUUUUAAAUAACUAGCCCAUGAUCCCUAACAGUUCAUGGAUCUAAAUUAAAGAGAACAUGUAGUAUUCACUUAAAACAGAUCUGGCUUUGACUUCGCUCAGGGCAAGUCAGCUGAAACGGAACAAGACAGAAUUAGAUGCUCUUAGACUGAGCAGUCCACUGUUUUAUUCUGUCAGUACCAGGCUCGAGGCACAAGUCCUUCAUGCUUAGACAAAUUGAUGUGUACUGUGUGUGUGUGUGUGUGUGUGUGCGCUAGCAUCAUCCUCAUAGAGCAUGAUGGGAACCGGAGGUGUAGCCAGAUGGUUGCACAAUGUCCCAACCCAGCUAGCACAUAACAUUCUGAGAACCAUUUGUUUCUUAGAGCUUGGUGAGAGCAUGGUUGUCCUAUGGUUAUUUAGCAUACAACCUUCCCACAACUUUCUGUGAAUGGUGCAUAAUAGUUGCUUGACUGUAGAACAUUUCCUGCACAUUUAAUGAACUUUAUAUUUUGGUAUUUCAUUUACUUUAACAGAAUGUUUCCUAAAAGUUCAAACAUGAUUACAUUUCAUUUCAAUUUUGGUAAUGUUCAUAGAACUUUAAGAAACAACGUUCUUCUGUGGAAAUUUCAGUAUUUCAGCAUAACUUUUCCUACAGAUUUCCUAAUGGUUCUAUUAAAGUAAUGUUCUCAAUUUGUUCCGGGAACGUUAUACAUUCUGGGAAGGUACAUAAAAAAAAUAUAUAUAUCUACACUACAGUUCAAAGGUUUGGGAUCACUUAGAAAUGUCCUUGUUUUUGAAAGAAAAGCUAUUUUGUAGUCCAUUAAAAUAACAUCACAUUUAUCAGAAAUACAGUGUAGACAUUGUUAAUGUUGUAAAUGGCUAUUGUAGCUGGAAACGGCAGAUUUUUUAUGGAAUAUCUACAUAGGCAUACAGAGGCCCAUUAUCAGCAACCAUCAGUCCUGUGUUCCAAUGGCACGUUGUGUUUGCUAAUCCAAGUUGAUCAUUUUAAAAGGCUAAUUGAUCAUUAGAAAACCCUUUUGCAAUUAUUUUAGCACAGCUGAAAACUGUUGUGCUGAUUAAAGAAGCAAUAAAACUGGCCUUCUUGAGACUAGUUGAGUAUCUGGAGCAUCAGCAAUUGUGGGUUCGAAUACAGGCUCAAAAUGGCCAGAAACAAAUAACUUUCCUCUGAAACUCGUCAGUCUAUUUUUGUUCUGAGAAAUUAAGGCUAUUCCAUGCGAGAAAUUGCAAAGAAACUGAAGAUCUCGUACAACGCUGUGUACUACUCCCUUCACAGAACAGUGCAAACUGGCUCUAACCAGAAUAGAAAGAGGAGUGGGAGGCCCCGGUGCACAACUGAGCAAGAGGACAAAUACAUUAGAGUGUCUAGUUUGAGAAAGAGAUGCCUCACAGGUCCUCAACUGGCAGCUUCAUUAAAUGGUACCCGCAAAACACCAGUCUCAACGUCAACAGUGAAGAGGCAACUCCGGGAUGCUGACCUUCUAGGCAAAAAAAAAAAAAAGCCAGAUCUCAGACUGGCCAAUAAAAAGAAAAGAUUAAGAUGGGCAAAAGAACACAGACACUGGACAGAGGAAGAUUGGAAAAAAGUGUUAUGGACAGACGAAUCGAAGUUUGAGGUGUUCGGAUCACAAAGAAGAACAUUUGUGAGACACAGACCAAAUUAAAAGAUGCUGGAGGAGUGCUUGAUGCCAUCUGUUAAGCAUGGUGGAGGCAAUGUGAUGGUCUGGGGUGCUUUGGUGGUGGUAAAGUGGGAGAUUUGUACAGGGUAAAAGGGAUCUUGAAGAGGAAGGCUAUCACUCCAUUUUGCAACGCCAUGCCAUACCCUGUGCACAGCGCUUGAUUGGAGCCAAUUUCGUCCUACAACAGGACAAUGACCCAAAGCACAGCUCCAAACUAUGCAAGAACUAUUUAGGGAAGAAGCAGUCAGCUGGUAUUCUGUCUAUAAUGGAGUGGCCAGCACAGUCACCAGAUCUCAACCCAGGUAGCUUAGUGGGUAAGAGCGUUGUGCCAGUAACCGAAAGGUCGCUGGUUCUAAUCCCCGAGCCCACUAGGUGAAAAAUCUGUCGAUGUGCCCUUGAGCAAGGCACUUAACCCUAAUUGCUCCUGUAAGUCGCUCUGGAUAAGAGCGUCUGCUAAAUGACCAAUUAUUAUUAUUAUUAUUAUUAUUGAGCUGUUGUGGGAGCAGCUUGACCGUAUGGUACGUAAGAAGUGCCCAUCAAGCCAAUCCAACUUGUGGGAGGUGCUUCAAGAAGCAUGGGGUGAAAUCACUUCAGAUUACCUCAACAAAGGUUGUAAUUGCUGCAAAUGGAGGAUUCAUUGACGAAAGGAAAGUUUGAAGGGCACAAGUAUUAUUUCAAUUAAAAAAUCAUUAUUUCUAACCUUGUCAAUGACUACAUUUCAUAUGCAUUUUGCUAUAUUUCCUAUUCAAACUAAUUUCAUGUAUGUUUUCAUGGAAAACAAGGAAAUGUCUAAGUGACCCCAAACUUUUGAACGGUAGUGUAUAUAUUGUACACAUUCACGUUCAUAAGCUCUAAAUUCCGUUCUCAUAACAUGAAGAAAAAUGUCCAUAAAAACCACAAGAAAACUUUAGUAACAUUCAGAGAACGUUCUAAGAAUGUAAUUAAAAAACAUAAACAUUCCAUUCUCAGCAUCAACAAAAUUCUCUCUAUCCUCUAUCUUGUUAAGUGUGUUCAGGUGUGUUGGCUACGCCCACUAAUUGGCCACACCUGAUCUUAAUGAGUGCUUGUUUCCUUUGAAAAGGGGUCUGUUUGAAUAGACUAAAAUGAACAGCUUUGUAUACGUUAAAAAAAAUGGCACACUAGCUCCAUUCUGGUGGUGCGGUGGACUAAUUCCAUGCAUAGAGAACAUAAGAUCAUAGGUUCAAAUCUCACUGAUGCUGUGUCACAAUAAAAAAUAAAUGUGUUUGCAUGAUUAAUGCCUAAGGAAAUGAAUUUCCAUAUGUGCUUGGAGUUCAAAAAGUUAAUGCAAAUAAGCUAGCAGUGUUAUUAAAAGUCUUAUUGAAAUAGUUUUAAGGAAGUAAUUCGAAAACCACCAAAUAACCUAUAAUUUCCAUUCUUAUAGCAUUAAUAAAACCUCCCAGGAAGACUUUCAGGGAGCCAGAGUAAAACAUUCUCAGAACCUCCCUGCAACCUAAAAAUAUAUGUUCCCAGAACAGGCGAAAGGUUCACUUCUCUUCUCAGAACAUUUUUAAAAUGUUCAGUUUUACCGGUCAGGAAACUCAUAGCUUCGUUCCCACAACCAAUGUGAAACCAAAAACAUACGUUCCCACAACUUCCAAGGAAUCAAAUGUGCUAGCCGGGAAUUGCCCGUGUGGUGGCUGGCACGGCUGUUUGCCUCCAAGCAAGACACUCAUACUGCAUAGCAUUCAUAUACUAUACUUUCUGCUGUAUAGACAAUGGAUUCAAAGUCAGACUCAAAUCACUGGGCAUGUUCUGUAAUUCACCCUUAUCGAGAGUGUCUGCGAAUCAACUGAUACUAGGAAGUUGUUGAGUGAAGUGUGUAAAUCAUAAAUAUCAUAGAGUCCAGAUGGACUAACAUACAGUAUCUCCACAUUCAGCGGUCCUGGAAUGUGGGAGUUGAUUGACUGUCUCCUAUUGACUGCAUCACUAUGUCCUCUCUGUUUGCAGCUACUUCCUCAGCACAGAAGAAUCCAGACAGAGCAGACACCUGUACAGGUGAGGCCAUCCCCUGUCAAAAACUACUUGAUCCAGAAUUUCCUCCUUCGAAGGCGUGCUGGCUUUGACUGAUUAAGUGAAAUUUGUUUAUAUCCCAAAUCAAUACAUUUUAGUUAUUAAAACAUGCCCUUGUUUUACUGAAUGUAAUUUCUUAUUUUUAAGACAAAAUAUAUUAGUUUAGCAGCCAAUGAAACAAAACUAGUUACUUGAAAUUCAAGUCAAAGUAAUGGUGGCUCAACAACUUUUGGGUUUCAUGAGAAGGUAGAUGGUGAGAGAAGUGAGCUUUGAGCUGAAGGGUUAUAUUGUGCAGCAGCUGAAGCCAUUCCUCUCCAGUGCGCUUUAGGCAGACUGCCCACCUAACACAUUUAUCAGAGAGGGGACCAAGCCAACUCAGUGGAUGGGAUGGUGCUGUGGUAGAGAAUGCAUCACUAGGACGUAAAGGCUGCGUCCCAAAGUCCCAAAUGGCUCCUUAUUCCCUAUAUAGUGCACUACUUUUGACCAGGGCCCUGGUCAAAAGUAGUGUGCUAUAUAGGGAAUAGGGUGCCAUUUGGGACGCAGACGUAAAGACUGAUCCACAACCUGUGAUUAAUGUACUCAGCCCCCCAGGUCAUUCACCUUAUAUGUUUUAUAUAGUUUUUGUAUUACUCUGCUUUGGGCCUCGCCAGAUGAUAGAGUAGAGGGAGAGAAAGGUGUCUGGUUUAAAGUGGGUUUUCUGGGGAAGGUGUAUGCAUUCUUUUUUGGUACUUCCCUUGGAGAGAGAUAGUUAUUGAGAGGUUUGAAAUAUAGUUUUUAUUUAAAAAGUUGCCUUUAUUUUCAACCUUGAAGAGUCGUAUUCUUGUUUGAGAAGUCAGUCGUAUUCUUGUUUGAGAAGUCAACUCAGUAAUUCAUUUUAGCAUUGCUAUCAUUGUAUUAUUGUUUAAUGAAGGUGUAAUUUACAACCUUAAUAAGGUAUUGAUUGGGACAGCUGAAUAGUUUCAGAUCCACUAGUUCUUUAAGGUGUGUUUGGUCACUGUUCUCUUCCUCUCUCUCAGUGCGGACCUCGAAGGGAUCUUUCAACGGCAGUGUCUGACCUGCUACCUUCUAGAUGGUUGCAGCUUUUUCAAAGCAGAGUUCAGCCCCAAUCAGAAAUAUUUCACACUUUAUUGCCUAGGUAGGUGCUCCACACACACAUGCGUGCACACGCACACCCUCCUGCUUGAAUUAAAACCGCAUUUCAAGGAUAAUCAAAUAUGUACAUUUUCUUUGUCUUUGAUCCAUGUUUCCCCAGGCCCCGGAGUCCCCAAGGUGACAGUUCACAGCACGAAGGACCCUUCCAGUGAGUUAGAGUCUGGUUCCUCUGACUAGCCUGCGCCACUUUUUCUACCAUCAGACACUUUUGACAGUGGCCAGUAAAGGGCAGUAUGUGCAAACAAACAUAACCUAUAGUUUAAAGCAGUUUCAGAAACUGGGUAGUAGGGAGUAGCUAUGAAUAGACUGUAUAAAUGUCAAUAUAUUUUUGUAUGAUCUCCUUUAGGAUACAUAGUUCUGGAGGACAACACACCACUCUCUGAGGCCCUACAUGGGAAGAGACUCCCAGAGACUGUCUUUAAGACCCUCACAGCAGACAACCAUGGUAGGCAUGUGAUACCACUCUGGGCCCAUACUCACAGAGUCUAAAAUGAUCAUUCACAUGAACUGACAUAACAAAACAGACUGUUUUAGGUUCAAAUGGUCACAGAACAGACUGGUUCCACUUAUCUCAGGCCUCUAAAUAACAAGCCAAAUAUAGCAGCAUACCCAUCAAGAAAAUACUUUAUUUAAUUAGCUGAUUAGGUAUCCAUGGGAGCGAGAGCCUGAUUCAUGCUCUCCCUUUGCGGUGAGGACAGUGUGUGCGUGUGCGGAUGUGUGUGUGUGUGUGGGUGUGUGGGUGUGUGCACUGUAAACAUACUCAAUUAACUAACUCAUUGUUACAAUGACACACAGGACUCAGGGGUGUUCAUUUACUGGUGCUUUAGUUUAGUGCCCAUAGGUUUCAGGGGGAGAAUACUGAUGAGCUCUGCUACAAUGUUCUGUAAAACUUCAGUUAAACGCUGAGUCUUGAAUAGCAGCCUGUCCCUUUUGAUUGCCAGGCAUCACCACACAUUUCAGCAAAUAAACGCUGGGUCUAAAUGAAUUGUUUAUGAGUACCAUAAACAUUUUACAAUAGAAGAUAAAGGAGAGCAACAUCAUUGCCAUGGAUGAAACAGCAGUGUGGCUUGGCAUGGUCGGCUCAUAUGCCAACAAGAUUUCACGGUCUCACUUCAGUAUUCAAUGUUUGGGUGAAGUGAAAAUAGGUUAGGGUUAAUGUUGUUAAAAAAGAAAAAAAUUGGAUGGUUAUGAAUAAAGUAAUACGUGCUCACAUUGCCCCUAGUGGACGGUAUUGAAGGCGUCCUCCCGACAGGAUAAGUGUUGAAUACUGAAGUCUAUCUGCUGUGAUCUCACUGCAACUACAGGGGAUACAAAGCACAACAAGGUGCAACAAGUGAAAGUAUGGUGCUGAAGCAUGAAAUUGGGGGUGAAUGAUGGGCAGCCUUUGCAAGUCUGAUCUGCGACUGCUAUGGAUUUGUUAUAAUGUUUAUACUGGUCAUACUGGUCACAAUAAAGUGUGGUAGUCUUUUUAUUGAGCAAAAGCUUUGUGCAUUAAGGGAAACAGACGCCUGGACUCAAAUAGAAGCCUGUCUCUAAUAAGCACCGAUUGUGUUCAGUGAUUGAAGCAUAAAAACGCCCGGGCUAUUAAUUGAAGUUUUACCAAAUAUCUCUGUAUACACUACUUGUCCAAAACUAUGUGGACACCUGCUCAUUGAACAUCUCAUUCCAAAACUCAUGGGCAUUAAUAUUGAGUUGGUCCCCCCCUUGCUGCUAUAACAGCCUCUACUCAUCUGGGAAGGCUUUUACUAGAACAUUUCUGCGGGGACUUGCUUCCAUUCAGCCACAAGAGCAUUAGUGAGCUUGGGCACUGAUGUUGGGCGAUUAGGCCUGGCUCGCGGUCGGCUUUCCAAUUCAUCCCAAAGGUGUUUGAUGGGGUUGAGGUCAGGGCUCUGUGCAGGCCAGUCAAGUUCUUCCACACCGAUCUCGACAAACCAUUUCUGUAUGGACCUUGCUUUGUGCACGGGGACAAUGUCAUGCUGAAACAGGAAAGGGCUUUCCCCAAACUGUUGCCACAAAGUUGGAAGCACAGAAUCUUCUCGAAUCUCAUUGUAUGCUGUAGUGUUAAGAUUACCCUUCACUGAAGCUAAAGGGCCUAGCCCGAACCAUGAAAAACAGCCCCAGACCAUUAUUCCUCCUCCACCCAACUUUACAGUUGACACUAAGCAUUGGGGCAGGUAGCGUUCUCCUGGCAUUUGCCAAACCCAGAUUAGUCUGUGGGAUGCCAGAUGGUGAAGCAUGACUCAUCACUCCAGAGAAUGCGUUUCUACUGCUCCAGAGUCCAAUGGCGGUGAGCUUUACACCACUCCAGCCGACACUUGGCAUUGCGCAUGGUGAUCUUAGGCUUGUGUGCAGCUGCUCGGCCAUGGAAACCCAUUUCAUGAAGCUCCCGACAAACAGUUCUUGGGCUGACGUUGCUUCCAGAGGCAGUUUGGAACUCGGUAAUGAGUGUUGCAACUGAGGACAGACAAUUUUUAUGUGCUGCGUGCUUCAGCACUCGGCAGUCCCAUUCUGUGAGCUUGUGUUGCCUACCACUUCACCGCUGAGCAGUUGUUGCUCUGAGACGUUUCAAUAACAGCACUUACUGUUGACCGGGGCAGCUCUAGCAGGACAGAAAUUUGAUGAACAGACAUGUUUGGAAGGUGGUAUCCUAUAACGGUUCCACAUUGAAAGUCACUGAGCUCUUCAGUAAGGCCAUUCUACUGUCCAGUGUUUGUCUAUUGAGAUUGCAUGGCUGUGUGCUCGAUUUCAUACACCUGUCAGCAACGGGUGUGGCUGAAAUAUCAGAAUCCACUAAUUUGAAGGGGUGUCCACAUACUUUUGUAUAUAUAGGGAAUCUCAGCUGAGACUGUGUGUGGGCCCACCUUUGUUUAUUUUCAUUUAGAUCUGCACCUGAAGCUGUCUAUGCCCCAGAGGUAUGAGGCCAAGCUGCUCCCUCUCCUCAUCAUUGUGUAAGUUAGAAUGCAUUAUACACUAAGCUCAUCAAUGGUGUUAUAACAUGCUAAUGACAUUGUAUUAAGCCUCAUAACAUGAGCCAAUAUCAAGGAUUCACUUUUAUAGUUUUACGGCCUAUUACAUAACAUUUAACAGACAUUGAUUUCCCCAUAGUUGACCAACAGGCUAAAGCACAAGUUCACUUGUUUGGCUUCCACAUCCCAUUUACAACCUCUAACCCCUGCCCUUUGCUCAGUCCCUCCAAAUUGACAUUUUUGUCCAAACCGGCUCACCCUGUUCCUCUUGUUGUGACGCAGGGACGGAGUUCCAGGCAGUCAGUCGGUGACAGAGGAGUUUGCUAUGGGAUGGCCUGAGGUGCUCGCUAGUACUCAUGACGUGGCCUUAGCCUGGGUGGAUGGAAGGAGUGGGGUCGGCUGGGGGCAGAAGAUCAGUAGUGUGGAUCCCCGCAAGCUCAGCUCCCUCAGAGUCAAAGAUCAACUAGGAGUUGUGGAGUUAGUUUCCAACCUACAAUGUUAUGGGCCAUGAUUACAUAGACUAAAAAAGUUUCCAUAAUGUACAGUCGUGGUCAAAAGUUUUGAGAAUGACACAAAUAUUAAUUUUCACAAAGUCUGCUGCCUCAGUUUUUAUGAUGGCAAUUUGCGUAUACUCCAGAAUGUUAUGAAGAGUGAUCAGAUGAAUUGCAAUUAAUUCCAAAGUCCCUCUUUGCCAUGAAAAUGAACUUAAUCCCAAAAAACAUUUCCACUGCAUUUCAGCCCUGCCACAAAAGGACCAGCUGACAUCAUGUCAGUGAUUCUCUCGUUAACACAGGUGAGAGUGUUGACGAGGACAAGGCUGGAGAUCACUCUGUCAUGCUGAUUGAGUUAGAAUAACAUACUGGAAGCUUUAAAAGGAGGGUGGUGCUUGAAAUCAUUGUUCUUCCUCUGUUAACCAUGGUUACCUGCAAGGAAACACGUGCCGUCAUCAUUGCUUUGCACAAAAAGUGCUUCACAGGCAAGGAUAUUGCUGCUAGUAAGAUUGCAGCUAAAUCAACCAUUUAUCGGAUCAUCAAGAACUUCAAGAAGAGAGGUUCAAAUGUUGUGAAGAAGGCUUCAGGGCGCCCAAGAAAGUCCAGCAAGCGCCAGGACCGUCUCCUAAAGUUGAUUCAGCUGCGGGAUCGGGGCACCACCAGUGCAGCACUUGCUCAGGAAUGGCAGCAGGCAGGUGUGAGUGCAUCUGCACGCACAGUGAGGUGAAGACUUUUGGAGGAUGGCCUGGUGUCAAGAAGGGCAGCGAGGAAGCCACUUCUCUCCAGGAAAAACAUCAGGGACAGAUUGAUAUUCUGCAAAAGGUAUAGGGAUUGGACUGCUGAGGACUGAGGUAAAGUCAUUUUCUCUGAUGAAUCCCCUUUCCGAUUGUUUGGGGCAUCCGGAAAAAAGCUUGUCCGGAGAAGACAAGGUGAGUGCUACCAUCAGUCCUGUGUCAUGCCAACAGUAAAGCAUCCUGAGACCAUUCAUGUGUGGGGUUGCUUCUCAGCCAAGGGAGUGGGCUCACUCACAAUUUUGCCUAAGAACACAGCCAUGAAUAAAGAAUGGUACCAACACAUCCUCCGAGAGCAACUUCUCCCACCAUCCAAGAACAGUUUGGUGUUGAACAAUGCCUUUUCCAGCAUGAUGGAGCACCUUGCCAUAAGGCAAAGGUGAUAACUAAGUGGCUCGGGGAACAAAACAUCGAAAUUGUGGGUCCAUGGCCAGGAAUCUCCCCAGACCUUAAUCCCAUUGAGAACUUGUGGUCAAUCCUCAAGAGGUGGGUGGACAAACAAAAACCCACAAAUUCUGACAAACUCCAAGCAUUGGUUAUGCAAGAAUGGGCUGCCAUCAGUCAGGAUGUGGCCCAUAAGUUAAUUGACAGCAUGCCAGGGUGGAUUGCAGAGGUCUUGAAAAAGAAGGGUCAACACUGCAAAUAUUGACCCUUUGCAUAAACUUAAUGUAAUUGUCAAUAAAAGCCUUUGACACUUAUGGAAUGCUUGUAAUUAUACUUCAGUAUACCAUAGUAACAUCUGACAAAUAAAUCUAAAAACACUGAAGCAGCAAACUUUGUGAAGACCAAUACUUGUGUCAUUCUCAAAACUUUUGACCACGACUGUAUAUAUUAACUAUGAUGUAUUUUGUUUGGCCCCCACAGGUGGUUGAUGCAAUUGCCUUACAUUGAUGAUCGGCGGAUUGCCCUGUAUGGCAAGGUUACUUUGUUUACUAAGAAAACGUUUAACCAAUAUUAUCUGGUCAUCUGGACACAUGAGUUCCAUAUACAUCAUGUUGCAAAAGCAUAAAUCAUAAAUAUUUUUGUUUUAUGUCGCUCAUGUCUUUCUCUACAGGCAUUUGGUGGUUAUUUAUCCCUCAAGAUGCUAGCUGCGACUAACCGGCUGUUUAAAUGUGCAGCCGCUGUGGCUCCCAUAACAGACUUCAAACUUUACAGUAAGUGAAGACCAUAUCAUUAAUAGUGUCAAACUUACUAGGACACAACAGCCAUUAAGUCUUAUCACAAUUGUUCUACCAUUUAUAGGUGCUGCCUUCUCAGAGAGGUAUCUAGGUCCCCCAGCUAAGGAGGAGCACACAUACUUGGUGAGGAUCAUCUUUACCCACAAACACCAUAUGUUCAAAUCAAAUCAGAUUGCAUUUGUCACAUGCACCGAAUACAACAGGUGUAGACCUUACCAUGAAAUGCUUACUUACAAGCCCUUAACCAACAAUGCAGUUUUAAGAAAAUAGAGUUAAGAAAAUAUUUACUAAAUAAACUAAAGUAAAACGUAUAAAAUUUAAAAUAAUAACACAAUAAAAUAACAAUAAUGAGGCUAUAUACAGGGGGUACCGGUACCGAGUCAGUCACAUGUUAGUCGAGUUAAUUUGUACAUGUAGGUAGGGGUAAAGUGACUAUGCAUAGAUAAUAAACAACGAGUAGCAGUAGUGUAAAAACAAAGGGGGGUGGCAGGAAGCUUGGCCCCAGUUAUAUACUGGGACGUACGCACUACCCUCUGUAGCACCUUACGGUCAGAUGCAGAGCAGUUGCCAUACCAGGCGUUGAUGCAACCGGUCAGGAUGCUCUCGAUGGUGCAGCUGUAGAACUUUUCGAGGAUCUGGGGGACCCAUGCCAAAUCUUUUCAGUCUCCUGAGGGGAAAAGGGCGUUGUCAUGCCCUCUUCACGACUUUCUUGGUGUGUUUGGACCAUGAUAGUUUGUUGGUGAUGUGGACACCAAGGAACUUGAAACUCUCAACCCGCUCCACUACAGCCCCAUCGAUGUGAAUGGGGGCGUGUUCUUCCCUCCGUUAUGAUAUCUAUUAUAUGUUAUAAUGUCCUUCCUGUCUCUGUUGUGACCCCUCAGACGGCCUCUGUAUUGGAAGAUGUUCACAAGCUUAAAGAUGAGAACUUCCUCUUACUACAUGGGACUGCAGACGGUGAGACUUUGCUUUGCUUUUAACAUCUACAUUUGUCCAUGUUUUUUCAGAAAUAUGAAAUUCUACUGAUGAAUAACUGAAUGCUUACUUGAUCAUUUGCGUUAUUGUGUCUUGUGUGUUUGUUUGUGGCUUUGGGCAUGCAGCACGGGUUCACUUCCAGCACAGUGCGGAGCUCCUGAGCCGUCUGGUGAAGGUGGAGGCCAACUACUCCCUGCAGCUGUACCCAGACGAGGGCCACACCCUGAGGGAGCAGCGCAGCAUCCAGCACUUUCAACAGACCCUGGUGCACUACCUCCAGACCUGCCUGAGACACAACCCCCUCCUGGCCUCCAUAGAGGAGCCAGAUGAGGAUGAGGAGGACGACUGAGAACUCCCACCUCUGUGGAGAUACAGAGAAGUGAGGACUACCCUCCUAUGCAUUGCCCCAAGUCAGACUACUACUAGACACUAGUCUCUUCCCAUAGCAAGAUCACCAGAGUGGGAACGGACCAAGAAUAUCAGAUCACAGCCUUUCCUACUGUACCACUUCAGAGUAACUUUGGGAUCUAUACCAUUUAUUUUGUUUGUGCUGUUUGAAUUGAGUCUGCCCUGAUUUUUUACACUGUGUGGAUCUAUUAUCAAAGAAGUGACCGUGGCCAGGUCUUAAUGUUGAUUCUACGUAAUGUUUACAAAAUAGUCUAAACAUGCAUGUCGUAAUGGCUGCAUGAAGUCAUAAAGUGGUUUACCAUUCUUCAAUGUUUUGUAAUCAGGCAGAUCCUAAUUUGGUUCAAUUUAUUAUAGUUAAAAUCAGCCUGUUAUGCUGUUAUGUAAUGUACAUACAGAAUGGGCCUACUGUCAGUCUGCUUUUUGCAUGAUUCUUUUCAACAGUUCCAUGUGGUAUUUGAUCACUUUGGAUGGAUACAAUCAGAAUGAACAAACCCAACAAAAUAUAACUUGAUAAAAGCACAUUUCUUGGAAGUCUAUUUCAGAAUUUAGUUAUGUUUUUCUUUAUUUCAUUUGAUAGUCAUGUAUACUUUGUUGUUCAUUGUAAUGUGAACUGCAAAUGUUUAACACCUCCCAAUCAAAGCCAUGGAACAUCCAUGGUGCACUGCAUGUAGUCUGUUUGCAAUUGAAUGCCCAACUUGAAAUGUUUCCUUUUUUUUGUUUGACUAAAUCCUUACAAUAAAGAAUAAAGUCCUUGUU